GAAGGAUAUAAUCGUAUUUUGAAAACUUUAUGGUCUGCCGCAAAUCCUAUUCAGGGAACAUUAGGUAGCUAUGGCAAGUCAACCGAAUUAUUAUAAAGUUCUCGGAGUCUCUCCUACUGCGACGCAGCAGGAGAUUCGUACUGCAUACAAGAGGGCUUCUUUGCGAACUCACCCUGACCGAGUACCUGCAGACUCUCCUGAGAGGGCUGCUCGCACGAAAGAGUUUCAAAGGGUAAACGAUGCUUAUUAUACGUUAUCCGACGCAGAGCGCAGACGUGACUACGAUGCGGCCCGAAGGAGCUAUUUCGGCGGCGACCGCAGUGAGAGUGCCGACGAAGACAUCCCCCGUGGCGGAGCAGGUGGAUUCCCAUGGUCAUCAUUUGACUUUAGUGGAUCAGAACGAGAACGAGAAGGACGUGAUUCCAAUCAGUUCGGUUCGAUAUUUGAAGAAAUGCUUCGCGAAGAAGGGCUGGCUAGCGAUGAGACUGAUAUCAAUGGGCAAAGAAGAUCAGUGCCCACCAAGAAAUUCUGGUCCAUCGUUGGUGCGGUCAGUGGUGGUGCUCUUGGGUUCAUCGUUGCCAACGUACCUGGUGCGUUAGCGGGGGCAGUGGCUGGUAAUAGACUAGGCGCAGUGCGAGACGCGAAAGGAAAGAGUGUUUAUGAUGUUUUUUGCGAACUUCCACAGUCGGACCGUGCAAGGCUUCUAAGUGAGCUUGCAGCGAAAGUCUUCCAGACAACCUUAGGUCGUUGAGCGCGGAGAUUAUUGGUUAUUUUGGGACAGAUUGGAGGAGGGCAUAGCAUUGUUUGCUUCUUGGUCGAUACAUUGGCUUCAUCAAGCGUUAGUCGUUAUUUUUGUUUGGAUUAUUUACCUAUUUUCCUCAGAAUAGUGUCAGUGUAUCAGAUUAUUUAGACUCAGCAGCCAUGACUUAUCCUGAAUGCUUCUGAUCGUGGAGGGCUAUUUAACG